UGUCUGUCUGCAGGGAACACAACGACAUGCUGUGGCUGCUUCUUCACGCCUUCACCUCGGUCUGUGUCCUCACAGGGCCUGCCCGUGUGUCAGCAGUUACCAUGGAGACGGUGGUGGGUGUUGCCGGGCGGAGGGUGAUGUUACCAUGUCGGUCGGACGCGGUGAGCCAGAGCGGAGUGGAGGUGUGCUGGGGGAGGGGAGAGCCUUCACUGUUCACCUGCCACAACACUGUGAUCAACACUGCUGGAGAUCAGGUCUCAUACCGGAGGUCGUACAGGUACUCUGUGUCCUCCUCCUCCUCUCUGUCCAUCUUUAGCUCUCGUCUGUCAGACUCUGGUUUCUAUCACUGCAGAGUUCAGCUGCCGGGGCUGUUCAACGACCAGACCUCCACCGUCCUCCUCAUCAUCAUCAGCCCUCACUCUGUGGUCUCUGCUGCUGGGGACGCUGAGAACCUGAACGCACCACAGACUGCAAUGAGUUACGCCACAAGAGACCUGACAGAGGACGGAGGAAGUGAUGUCGGCAGCACCACAGAGCCAAUGGUGGCACUGGUUCAGUCAGCUGUUGAGCACGAGCUGGGAAACGGUCUGCAGAUGUUUAUUGGAAACACAGUGAGACUGUCCUUCAUCAUCUUCAUCCCUGCACUGCUGCUGACUGCUGCUUACAGAGUGUGGAGGUUUAACCAGAGAUCUCAGACUGACAGGAGGCUGAACCAAUCAGAGCAGGAGGAGGGGGACACCUCUGUGUAGACACCUGAGAGGGACACUGGGACUAAAACUCAUCUGUCUGCUGUUCACCUGCCGUUUCCGCAGGCGCAUUAAACACAUUUUCAAUUACAACAGCUGUAGUUAGGAAUAAAACUAAUGCAAAGGAACUGUACAACACACCAGCACGUAACCAAACUGUCUGAACUCUGACAUGAAGUCCAAGUGUCCACAGUGAACGUGGACAGGACAGGACAGACAACAAUAAAAAGUUAUCCCGUCCUUUCAUGUGACCCUUUUGGUCACAUGACUAUGCCCCUACUGGCCCUCAGUGGUAUUGCACUUUAAGGCACUUCCGCAUUGGCCUCGUUUUUCAGACCCGGAGUCGACGUCCGUUCAGGCGGAAGAGUCGGUGAAGGCUCCUGUUCAAAGCUCCGUCGGUUUAACAAUCACAGACAAACUUUAUUCGCAUGUAAAUUAACUAUAAAAAUAAAUAAAGGUU